AUGUGGUUUGCAAAGAAAUGGGAUGGCAAGGAGAACUCAUCAGGAUAUUUGUAUAAUAUCCGGUGUGUCAUAGUGAGCGAAUUUGAUAUUUUUCUCCCACGUGGAAAUAACAUCACAGUUCUUAUAAAGUGUGGGACCAUAACACUCUGCAACAUUAUUUAUCAGAGAAGACGCCUCUCUUCAUUGACGAUCAAUCCUGGUGAAAGAGCCAUCUUUAGCUUUGACUGCCCUUAUCCAGAGAAGCAUUUUGUCCUAGAAGUCCAGAAGAAUAUUGACUGCAUGUCAGGUUCCUGUCCUUUUGGGGAAGUACAGCUCCAGCCUUCGAGAUUACCUGCCCUCAAUAGGACGUUCAUCUGGAAUGUGAAGGCUAACCCAAGGGUUGGCCUUGAACUACAGUUCUCCAGACCUCGACUGAGACAAAUUCGCCCAGGAGACACCUGCCCAGACUCGGUGACCUAUGCCAUCAGUGGCUCUAUUGAGAAGACAGUCGUCAACAUUGGAACCUUCUGUAGCAAUGGCACGAUCUCACGAAUCAAGGUGCAAGGAGGAGUCAAGUUGGCCUUGUACUUACCAUGGGAUCAAAAUAGAAACUUUUCUGGCUUUAACAUUACAAACCGCUCUUCUAUAAAACGACUCUGCAUCAUUGAAUCUGUGUUUGAAGGAGAGGGCUCAGCCACCCUCAUGUCUGCCAACUACCCCGAGGGCUUCCCAGAAGACGAGCUCAUGUCAUGGCAGUUUGUCAUCCCCCCUCACCUCCGAGCCAGUGUCUCUUUCCUCAACUAUACCCUCUCCAACUGCGAGAGGAAGGAGGAAAGGGUCGAGUACUACAUCCCAGGAUCACACAGUAAUCCAGAGGUGUUUCAGCUUGGAGAUCAGCAGCCAGGUAACAUGGCUGGAAAUUUCAACCUGUCCCUGCAAGGCUGUGAUCAGGAUUCCCAAAACCCUGGAGCCCUCCGCUUGCUCUUUCAAGUUUUGGUUCAGCACCUUCAGAAUGAAGGCAACAAGGUCUACACAGUUGAUUUGAGCAAAGAAAAAGCCAUGUCGUUGACCAUUGAGCCGAGACCAGUCAAGAUGAGCCGACGCUUUGUCCGUGCCUGCUUAAUCUGCGAGGGGCCCAGAAAAUGCAACCCCAACGUGACCCUGACGGCCGGCAGCAAACAUGAGAUUUCUUUCCUUUGUGACGACAUGACUCGCCUGUGGAUCAACGCGGAAAAAACGAUAAGUUGUACAGACAUUGGGUACUGUACCAGGAAGAGCUACCCUCUUCUUGUCCCCAGUGACAUCAUCCAGCUACCUGUUGAGUUACAUGACUAUGCCUGGAAGCUGCUAGUUCCAAAGGAUAAAAUUAGCCUCCAGUUGACACCAACCCAGAAGCUUCAGCAGCACACUCAUGAGAAGAACUGUAACACCACCUUCAGUUAUGUGCUAUCCAGUGCUGGUCAAGGCCAGAACCUCUAUUUUGGCUCCUUUUGUCCUGGUGGGGCAAUUGAGAAGAUUCAGGUGAAAACAAACAUCUCUGUGGUCCUCAGAACAUUCUCACCAGGGUUCUCUAAUGAAUCUUUCAGACAGGGGAUGACGGUGACAUUUAUACACUCUCUCAAAGAUGAAGGCGUUUUCACCGUGACCCCAGAUUCAAAAGCCAAAGUUUACUUGCGGACCCCUAACUCGGAUCGGGGUCUGCCCCCUUUAACCUCAGUCUCCUGGAACAUCUCUGUCCCCAGCCAUCAAGUGGCCCACCUGACAUUCUCCAAGGAUCGAAUGGGGGUGUCCUGUGAGACGGGCCGAGCCUUCAUGAUCAUCCAGGAGCAAAAGGCAAAGGCCGAAGAGAUUGUAAGCAGAGAUGAUGAACCGCUGCCUAAGCCCAAAGACCUGCAUCACAACUUCUGGGUCAACAUCUCCAACUGCAGCCCAAUGAGUGGCAAGCAGCUGGAUCUCCAGUUCUGUGUGUCUUUGACCCCAAAGAAGAUGGACAUGACGGUGAUCAUCCUUGCUGCUGUGGGCGGUGGAGCAACACUGUUGUUUGCUCUGGGGCUCCUCGUAUGCUAUGCUAAAAAAAUGAGCAAGAAAAAGAAGGUCAGCAAGGGCCCUGCAGUGGGUAUAUACAAUGGCAACAUCAACACUCAGAUGCCUGGUCAUGUUGGAAAGUUCCAGAAAGGGCGAAAAGACAAUGACUCCCAUGUUUAUGCAGUCAUCGAUGACACCAUGGUGUAUGGGCAUUUGCUCAAUGGUUCAAAUGGGUCCUCUACUGGUCCGGAAGUCGAUGUGUACCGACCCUUCCAGGGCCCCAUGGGAGAUGUACCUCCUUCUCCACCUCCCAUCUGCUCCAGGGUCUCUACAAGGAAACUACACCCAGAGGACCCUCUCCCAUUCCUCCUUCCUGAAUCUGAUGGGGAACCUUAUACUUUCUCUCACCCCAAACCAGUAGAGGUCAAAGAGAAUGGAGACAAUGAUAUACCCCUGCUGGAAAAGAAGGAACUAGAAGAUGUUGUGGAAUAA